AUGUUCUUCUUCGGCCUGGGGAAACUGGUCUACGUGAUCAUCCUACUCAUCAACUCCCUCGCCGUCCUCUCCGAAGACCGCUUCCUCGCCCGGAUCGGAUGGGGCCGCACGCAAGGCGACCCGGCCUUCGGCGCCGCCUACGACACCACCAGUGUGAAAGCCAAAACCAUUAAUCUGAUCGCCAGUGUCCGGACCGUGAUGCGAAUACCCCUCAUCGUCAUCAAUACGAUAGUCAUCGUGUACGAGCUUAUUCUGGGUUGA